GUCCAGAGCUGCUGCUGAUUACUUUCUUGAAGACGAGGAUGACAUGGUUAUGCAUGAUGGUUCCUGUUUUAUUAGCAUCCAUCCUUGUGUUGGGUGGAGUCUCUGCAAGGUUUGUGGUUGAGAAGAACAGCAUCAGGGUGUUGUCUCCAUUGAGUCUAAGAGGGAAGCACGAUGGUUCCAUAGGUAACUUUGGGAUACCAGACUAUGGUGGGUUCAUUAUUGGCUCUGUGGUUUAUCCAGACAAAGGAGCUAAUGGCUGUGAGCCCUUUGAUGGAGGUCAGCCCUUCAAGUCUAAGUCUCCCCGUCCCUCGGUUGUCCUUCUUGAUCGUGGAGAAUGCUACUUUGCAUUGAAGGUAUGGCAUGCCCAACAGGCUGGGGCUGCGGCAGUAUUGGUGGCAGAUAGCAUAGAUGAACCUCUGAUAACUAUGGAUUCUCCUGAGGAAAGCAGCGAUGCGAAUGAGUACGUCGAGAAGAUCGGAAUCCCGUCGGCUCUGGUAGAAAAGUCUUUUGGUGACAACCUAAAGGAGGCCCUGAAGAAGCGUGAAGAUGUGGUGGUGAAAUUAGACUGGAGGGAGUCGAUGCCCCACCCGGACCAGAGGGUCGAAUACGAGCUGUGGACUAAUAGCAACGAUGAGUGCGGCGUUCGUUGCGAUGAGCAGAUGAAUUUUGUUAAAAAUUUCAAAGGCCAUGCCCAGAUACUUGAAAAAGGGGGUUACACUUUGUUCACACCACAUUACAUAACUUGGUAUUGUCCUGAAGCUUUUAUCUUUAGCAGUCAGUGCAAGUCACAGUGUAUAAACCGAGGAAGAUAUUGCGCUCCCGAUCCGGAACAAGAUUUCGGAGAGGGAUAUCAAGGAAAGGAUGUGGUGUUUGAGAACCUGAGACAGCUCUGUGUGCACAGAGUUGCCAAUGAGAGCAAGAGGCCUUGGAUUUGGUGGGACUAUGUCACAGAUUUUCAUAUCAGGUGUUCAAUGAAGGAGAAGAGAUAUAGCAAAGAAUGUGCUGAGGGUGUCAUGAGUUCUCUUGAUUUGCCUAUUGAGAAAAUUAAAAAGUGCAUGGGUGAUCCUGAAGCCGAUGUCGAGAAUGAAGUCUUGAAGCAGGAGCAACAACUUCAGGUUGGCCAAGGCUCUCGUGGUGAUGUUACCAUUUUGCCGACAUUGGUCGUCAACGACAUUCAAUAUCGAGGAAAACUGGAGAGAAGUGCUGUGCUUAAGGCAAUCUGCGCCGGAUUUAAGGAGACUACCGAACCUUCAGUCUGCUUAAGUGCAGAUAUCGAAACUAACGAGUGCCUCGAACGAAAUGGCGGAUGUUGGCAGGAUAAACGAGCUAACAUAACAGCAUGCAAGGACACAUUCAGGGGAAGAGUAUGUGAAUGCCCCAUUGUGAAGGGGGUGCAGUACAAAGGAGAUGGUUACAUAUCUUGUGAAGCCUUUGGACCGGCGAGAUGCACGAUUAACAACGGAGGUUGCUGGUCUGAAACAAAAGAUGGAUCAACUUUCUCUGCUUGCACAGAAAACCAAUUAAGAGGUUGUCAGUGUCCACAAGGCUUUCGUGGGGAUGGUCAUAAAUGUGAAGAUAUCAACGAGUGCAAAGAACGAAGUGCUUGCCGGUGCGAUGACUGCUCCUGCAAAAACACUUGGGGUUCAUAUGAAUGCAAGUGUAAAGGGGAUCUUCUCUACAUAAGGGAUCAAGAUGCAUGCAUAGAGAGAAACGGGUCGCGCUUCGGGUGGUUCAUCACAUUCUUGGUCCUGGCAGCCGUGACGGCCGCCGGCAUAGCUGGGUAUAUAUUCUACAAAUAUAGGCUCCGGUCAUACAUGGAUUCGGAGAUCAUGGCGAUCAUGUCGCAGUACAUGCCGCUUGACAACCAGCAGCAUAGCAAUGAAGUUGGUAGUGAGGCACAACCAUUGCGACAAAGCUCAACAGCAUAAACAAAGGUAAGCAGCUGCGCUGUUUGCGGAUGGAGGACGAUAUUACGAACCGUCGCUCGUCGGAAGUAUGGAUUAGCCCUCCUCU